UAUCAUCAAACUACAAAUUGCAAAUUGCGAGCAAAGGCAGUGGAAAGCGAGUUGGCAUAAUGGCGGACGACGAGAUCCUGUUCGACGAUGUGUACGAGCUGUGCGAGGCAAUCGGAAGAGGUCCAUUCUCGAUAGUUCGUCGAUGCAUCCAUCGGGAGUCAAAUCAGCAAUUUGCGGUCAAGAUUGUGGACGUAGCCAAGUUUACGGCUAGCCCGGGACUAAGCACAUCCGAUUUGAAGCGAGAGGCCACAAUAUGUCACAUGCUGAAACAUCCGCACAUCGUCGAGCUGUUGGAAACGUACAGCUCGGAAGGAAUGCUGUACAUGGUGUUUGAGUACAUGGAGGGAUCAGACAUUUGCUUCGAAGUGGUGCGCCGGGCCGUGGCAGGAUUUGUGUACAGUGAGGCAGUAGCGUGUCAUUAUUUGCGGCAAAUUUUGGAGGCGUUACGCUACUGUCACGAGAACGACAUCAUACAUCGGGAUGUGAGGCCGGCCUGCGCUCUGUUGGCCACCGCAGACAACUCAGCACCUGUCAAGCUCGGUGGUUUCGGUUCGGCCGUGCAGCUUCCAAAUGGGCGUGAUUCGGUGGAGACGCAUGAGAGAGUCGACCCCCACCGUACGUUUUUGAGUCCGCGAGGAAAGCUCUACCUGAAAACAGAUAGCGAGGGACGGGUCGGAUGCCCUCACUAUAUGGCCCCGGAGGUGGUGGCACGGCGAGUGUACGGCAAGCCGUGCGACGUAUGGGGCGCUGGCGUGAUGCUACAUGUUCUGUUAUCCGGUCGUUUACCUUUUCACGGAUCCGGCAAACGGCUGCAGGAUGCCAUCGCUCGGGGACGUGUCACGCUGGAUACAGCGGAAUGGAAGCAUAUAUCGAGCAAUGCGAAAGAUCUAGUACUGAAGAUGCUUGCACCCAAUCCCAUCAGCCGGCCGACAAUAACGGAAAUUCUGGAUCAUCCUUGGAUACGGGAUCGUGACAAACUGCAACGCAUUCAUCUGGGCGACACGGUCGAGGAGCUGAAGCGCUACAACGCCCGCCGUAAGCUGAAAGCCGCCGUCCAAACGGUCGCCGGCGGCGUUGCAAUGGAUCCCCUGUGCUGUGCGGAUACCGACUCAAUGGCCAUUGGUACUGCAUCGGAAAGCCUCAACGAGUGGGCCGACGAGGAGGCCGGUCUGGAGGCGAUCCAAAAAAUUCUUGACUCAUUAGACGAUAUCAUUGCUUUGCAAGAUGCAAACUGCGAUCCGGAUGUGCUGGCCGGGAUGCUGCGCGACGUGAAGCUGCACGAGCUGUUGCAGUUGUUCGAUAGAAUCAGUAGUUCGGUUAUCAAUCCAUCGCGGGCCCCACCGGGAGACGCCAUCAGCCGCUGCCGGGAUGCAAUCGAUGCCGUCUCAUCCACCGCGGGACACAAGUAUUUGCGCGAAAGGUCGGAGCUGAUCAACCUGCUAGGAUCACCACACAUUCAGGCUCUAUUACACACGCAUGACGUGGUAGCUAGGGAAGUAUACGGCGAAGAAGCGCUUCGUGUAACGCCACCACCGAUCGCGCCCUACCUGAACGGCGGCAACGAUGAAAUCGACAACGGUGACGCCGGAGAACUGCAGCACGUUACGCGCGUCCGGCUGGUACAGUUCCAGAAGAACACCGACGAACCGAUGGGUAUUACGCUGAAGAUGACCGAAGACGGCCGGUGCAUCGUGGCCCGGAUCAUGCACGGUGGCAUGAUUCACCGGCAGGCCACGCUGCACGUGGGCGACGAGAUACGGGAAAUCAACGGCCAGCCAGUGCAGCAUCAAACAGUCAGUCAAUUACAGCGAUUGCUGCGGGACGCGCGCGGUUCUGUUACUUUUAAAAUAGUUCCUUCAUAUAGAAGUGCCCCACCGCCGGUUGAGCUAUUCAGGAUAAGACCAGCACCGGUUUUAAUUUUCGUACGAGCACAGUUCGACUAUGACCCGCUGGACGACGAGCUGAUACCUUGUGCGCAGGCAGGGAUUGCUUUCCGUGUCGGUGAUAUUCUACAGAUUAUUAGCAAAGACGAUCAUCAUUGGUGGCAGGCCAGGCAUGACGCUGCGGGAGGUUCAGCCGGAUUGAUACCCUCACCAGAGCUUCAGGAAUGGCGCAUCGCCUGCCAAUCGGCGGACAAAUCCCACAAAGAACAAGUUAAUUGCUCAAUAUUUAGUCGUAAAAAGAAACAGUGUCGGGAUAAAUAUUUGGCGAAACACAAUGCGGUCUUCGAUCAGCUGGAUCUGGUGACGUACGAGGAGGUGGUCAAAGUACCGAUUGGCGAUCCAGCCUUCCAAAGACGCACCCUAGUGUUGCUCGGAGCGCACGGCGUAGGACGACGUCAUAUCAAAAAUACGCUCAUCGCAAAAUAUCCGGAUAAAUACGCUUAUCCAAUACCACAUACCACCAGACCACCACGACCGGAUGAGGAGAAUGGGCGAAGCUACUACUUCAUAUCACACGAUGAGAUGAUGGCGGAUAUUUCGGCCAACGAGUACCUCGAGUACGGUACGCACGAGGAUGCGAUGUACGGUACGAAGCUGGAGACGAUACGACGCAUCCACGCGGACGGCAAGAUGGCAAUACUGGACGUGGAACCACAGGCCUUAAAAAUACUUCGAACAGCCGAAUUUACGCCGUACGUUGUGUUCAUAGCAGCGCCACUGCUGCAAAACAUCGCCGACUACGACGGUAGUCUCGAGCGUCUCGCCAAAGAGUCCGAUAUGCUGCGCCAGGCGUACGGUCAUUUCUUCGAUCUGACCAUCGUCAACAACGACAUCGGUGAGACGAUAGCAACGCUGGAGAACGCUAUCGACAAGGUGCAUUCGACCGCCCAGUGGGUCCCGGUGUCCUGGCUGUACUGACAAGAUAGUGAGCUAGAAUGUCCCGCUUGUUUGGAGGAUGAGUGCGAUUGUGAAUGCGAUUGCGAGCUGGAUCUUAAGUGAAGGGGGCUGGCUGGGUACCUCACGGAAGUAAAUGCGCAACAACAAACCACUGCACAGUGACAAGUAGUACGUACACCGAAACACAGAGUCGGGCUAAUGGUUAAUUUUGUGCAUGCGGUUCUUAGCGUUUAGUAUCGAAUCAAAUCAAAUUGGCAUGGGUGCAAUGGGUUUUCUGUUUAAGCAAACCGGUGGAUGUACAAAGUUGAUUUUUCGCUGUUUUACGUUCAACCAUCCAUUCGCUGCAAAAUAUGUUAUUCCAAAGAUUUUGUUCCCCCCGAUGGACAAUGAUUAACAAUUUUUAUAUCGUAAUUACCCACGGUAGUGAAUUGGAGUUCUAUUUUUGCUCAAUGUAAGUGUUAUGUUUUAAUUCCGUUUACAUCACGUAGUAAUUUGGUUUGAAAAUGAAAUUUUUCACCUCCUAGGUAAAUAUUUAAGCAGCUUGUUUGAGUGGUUCGUUUUGUACCACUUACAUAACCCAUUAUGAAUAUGUUGUGAAACACGUUUUACCUGCGAAGUCGGUGUAUUACACAGAAAGGCAAAAGUAAAAUAAAAAAAGAAAACCAAAAAAAAAAGAUAAAACGAAGUGAUAGAAAACGCAAACAUUCACACAACCACAAAACUUGCAAAGGAGUAUAAUUAUAAAGAUAAUAAUUAACGACACAAACAUACACAUACGACACACACAGAUACACAGACACAACAGAACUAAAAAACAACUCUUUUUAAAAGAACUAACGCAAAAAGAGGUAAAAGGUAAACCAAACCCAAGAUGCAAAAGAAAACGUGAAAAGCAAACAAAACAAAAAAAAACUAACAGAAAAAACAACAACAAAUAAAUUCAAACGAUUACUGGAACGCGAAACAAACAAGCGGUGGAAAUAUUAGUUAGAUUUAAUCUUAACCAAAAUAAAACUGAAAAUGAAAAAAGAAAAACAAAUGUUAACAUAAUUCAUAAUAAUUAUUAUAAUAACGCUAAUAAUAAUGAACGAAUGAAAUUAAAACUCAAGAGUAUUUGCAAUUCAAAGAAAGUAAACAAAACAAACCAAACGACAGUAGAAACAAAAUCGAAUGGUGAGGGUAAAUAAAACGGAAGAAGCAGUAAAAAAAGGACAAACAAACAUUGAAGAGCGAGUAAAAAGCACACAUACAUAUAUAGGCGAGAGAACUUAUUACGUUUGAAUUGGGUGUAGAAAAAAAAAACGUUUAACGAUGUGUUUUCG